GUCUCCUGCAGUAAACAGACACAAAAGCCACAAGAUGCCACUAUCCACCACAAGCCUGGUCAUGCUGCUAGCUGGGGCCUCAUGUGUCCUACAGGCGACAGGGUCCGUCUGUCCCUACAAUACAACGGGUUGCGAUUGUGAAGAUAAGGUUAUAUACUGUGAAAAGCUGCAGGUGAUGCCUUCCCUAAACACAGAACUUGACGCCAGGAAUUUUACAGAUUUAUAUAUUACGGAAGGAAGCUUAAAGAGCAUACCUAAUGGGAGUCUCCCAGCUGGUCUUCGCACUGUUACGUUUAUUAACAACCCAAUCACAGAGAUAAGAGAGGAUGUGUUUAUCAACUCAGCCAUAUCAUUGCAAGAAAUAGUCAUCUCAAGUGCCAAUUUAAGACAGUUACCAUUAGCACUGAUCAAGCUGACCAAUCUGUCCAGUCUGAAAAUAGACGACACUCCCUUAGGGACACUGCCAGAUGAUGUGCUUCAGCAUAUUGGUGCCACCCUGAGAUCUCUUACAUUAACAAACGUUAGUUUGCCUGCCUGGCCCAGUGGGUUGUCUAACUUUAGUUUGUUGACUGAACUCUACUUGGACCAGAACUCUUUGACAGUUGUCCCCGACAGCGCUUUGAUCGCCUGCAAAGAUGUACUGCGAGAUCUUAGUCUGGUCAGUACUGGUCUGACCCGCGUCCCGAAGGCCCUGUCGUAUUUAUCCGCUCUGAUGUUUCUUGACCUCAGUGGGAACCGAUUUGUUGAUGAGUUUGUAUUUGAUUCAGUCUUCCCAUCUGGGUCAAAACUUUACAAACUGACAAUCAAUUUGGCUGGGUUAACUAGAAUAGCAAACUUCUUAAGUCUAACGAGUCUGGAUAAAAUCUAUUUAAACAACAACAACAUAUCUGAUCCUAGUGUAGGCUCAUUGCCUCCAUCGGUAACUGAACUGUACCUUGUUUCCAACAGUCUGUCUUUAGUCCCCACUUGCGUUGCUAAGAUCUCUGGGCUUUCUACUUUAGAUCUGACAAACAAUAACAUAUCGAAAAUUGAACCCGGCACUUUCCCCACCAGCUUGCAAACGCUACGUGUGAGUUACAACAAGAUCACAAACAUUACCCCUUCUGAUUUGCCGUCCAGUUUAUCAGACCUAGGUUUAGAAUUUAACCAAAUAACAGAGAUUCAGUCACAACCUUUUCCGACAACGUUGAGAUACCUACAUUUGAACCACAACCAGCUAACACGAAUCAACACUUCCAGUUUACCUCUGAAUCUGAGAGACCUGGAUCUGAGCUUCAACAAAAUCAGUGAGAUUGUCCCAGAUAACUUUAACCCCGGUCUCGUUCACCUGUACUUGAGUAACAACAACCUCAGUUCUAUUUCAAACACAACGUUCCAGAACCUAACACGAUUGGUGGAAUUACGUUUAGACCACAACCCAAUCUUAAGCAUCCCAGACCUGGCCUUCUUUGACCUCAAAUCUCUGACCAAACUUUACCUGGAUAACACAGACUUGACAGAAAUCCCCACCGCGAUAGGAGACCUGUCAAAUAUUCGUGGCGAUUUGGGGGGAACUGUGAGUCUGUCUGCCAUCGAAUCAAUGAUCUGUCCAUGCCCUAAGCCCGUUAAACUUGUCAAUUGGGUUCAGAGUGUGACAAAUAUUCAAGGAUACUGCAGCAACGGUUUCACUAUUUCUCAAUACCUCCUUACCGAAUGUCAAAUAGCAACAACGACAGUAAGAGAAACUACAACACCUCAUGGUAACGCCUCUGUGCUUGGAUUAAGUGCAGUUUAUAUAUGGGGAGCUUUGUUUGUGCUUCUGUCUGUUCGUUUCUUUAACAAUUGA